AUGGCAGGAUUCCAUCUACCAGGAGACCCGUACUUUCUCGAUCAGGGAAAUGCCGGCUGGAUCGAAGAAGAAGCAAUUGAAGAAGAUCCCGAAGAGGAUCUUGAAGAGGAUCCCGAGGAGGAACCCGAGGAAGAAAAGGAGGAAGACGAUGACGUCGAGAUAGAAAUGUUUGAGGAUGAAAGUGAAGAGGAGCCAGAAGUCUUCAACCCCCUUACAUUGCGAGGGUACCUGCAAACUGCUGGGGGCACAACGGGCCUGAACCCCGUUGGGCAACAACAAUCGAAAGGUAGAGCCGUCAACAGCGCCAUCGGUCACCUUAUGGCGACCAACGAGGUUACUAUGACCUUAGUCACAGGGGACCGGCUGACAGAGCUCUCCCCGUUAUGA